AUGGCCGAUGAAGACGAUUUCGAAGGAGGAUAUGGCGAUAAUGACGAUCUUAUGGACGACGAGCCCUUGGAAGAUGUGGAUUUGGAAGCAAAUGAUGAAGAUCCUAAUGUCCAAUUAAUUGAGGUAUGUUUUAUAAUUAUUCGUUGUCUUUUAGAAAUCUGAUAUCAAGCUGAUGAAUAAUACAACUGAUUUCAGCCAACGCAACGAGUUGCAAUCGAGAGUUCCAUGAGAGUAACCACACAAUUCAUGACCAAGUACGAGAGAGCGAGAAUAUUGGGGACCCGAGCCCUUCAAAUUGCGAUGGGAGCUCCAGUUAUGGUGGAAUUGGAAGGAGAAACAGAUCCGUUGGAAGUUGCCAGGAAAGAACUCAAAGAGAAGAAGAUCCCUAUUAUCAUCCGAAGAUAUCUCCCUGAUGGAUCUUUCGAGGAUUGGGGAGUUGAAGAACUAAUUGUUAUGGAUCAUUGA